AUGACAAAGCCUAAGAGAGCUGACGAGCUGAGUGUGAGAAAGGAGGAGAGAGGGAAGUGGGCGGAUACUGAGAGCGAACUACCCCUAACCAGUGAGCCAGCAGAUGAGACUGCCAGUGAUGUAGCUGAGAGCACUGCCAGUGAACGCCCCCCAACCAAGGCCAGUGAUCAAACCCUAAACAAGUCCACUGAUCAAGCCCCGGAAGAUGCCGAUGAUGCUUCCCUGAAUAAACCUGGUAGCGCUCUCGAGACCUUCAAAAAGGUGGGGAUCCCCAUCAUCGCAGCAGUGGUGGGCCUGGCAACCAUCAUCACUGUGGCUAUCGUCAUCAAGCAGAUUCUGGAGAAACAUUACUUCUUCUGUGGGCAGCCCCUCCACUACAUCCCAAGGAGGAAUCUGUGUAACGGGGAGCCGGACUGUGCCUCGGGGGAGGAUGAGGAACACUGUGUCAAGAACAUGCCCGAAGGGCCUAAAGUGUCUGUUCGCCUCUCCAAGGACCAAUCCACCCUGCAGGUGCUGGACCAGGACACAAAGAAGUGGUACUCUGCUUGUUUCGACCAGUUCACAGAGGCUAUGGCCAAGACAGCCUGUAGGCAGAUGGGCUAUAGCAGUAAGCCUGUCUUCAAGGAUGUGAGGAUGGACCCAGACCAGGAACUGGAUGUUGUUCUAGUCACGGAGAAGACCCAGCAGCUUCGGGUGCUGAACACGAGUAGACCCUGUCUCUCGGGCUCCCUGGUUUCCCUGAACUGCCUUGCCUGUGGGGAGAGCCUGAAGAGUCCUCGGGUGGUGGGCGGGUCCCAGGCCUCUCCCGAUUCUUGGCCUUGGCAGGUCAGCCUCCAGUACAAUAAGCAGCACAUCUGUGGAGGCAGCAUCCUGGACCACCGCUGGAUCCUCACCGCCGCCCACUGUUUCAGGAAGUAUCUCGAUGUGCCCAACUGGAAGGUGAGGGUUGGCUCGAACAAAGCGGGCAACUUCCUAACCCUGCCUGUGGCCAAGAUCGUCGUCAUUGAGCUCAACCCCAUAUACCCCAAAGAGAAGGACAUUGCUCUUAUAAAGCUGCAAUCCCCACUCAUAUUCUCAGACAGAAUCAGGCCCAUCUGCCUGCCCUUCUUCAAUGAGGAGUUCACUUCGGCCACCCCACUCUGGGUCAUCGGUUGGGGCUUAACAGAACAGAAUGGAGGGAAGAUGUCUGACGUUCUGAUGCAGGCGUCAGUCCAGUUCAUUGACAGAAGACAGUGCAAUGCAGAUGAUGCCUACCAGGGGGAGGUCAUGGAGAAGAUGAUAUGUGCAGGCAUCCCGGAAGGGCGCGUGGAUGCCUGCCAGGGUGACAGCGGUGGGCCCCUGAUGUACCGAUCUACCCAGUGGGAGGUGGUGGGCAUUGUUAGCUGGGGCUACGGCUGUGGGGGCCCAAGCACCCCAGGAGUAUACACCAAAGUUGCAGCCUAUCUCAACUGGAUCUACAGUGUCCGGAAGCCCCAGCAUUCCUUGGAGCAGUAA